AUGUCGCUCAAUGGUCUCGAUGGCUCUCAACUGGUAGAAGCGUAUGAAGCCGCAGCUGCUGAGCCUGGAGGCUGGUUUCUUCUCAAGUACGAAAGCCGAGAUGAGAUCGAAGUGCUUAGUCGCGGAAAUGGCGGAAUAGUCGAGGUGCGCAAUACGAUUGCUGCGUACGACGAGACGAGCCCAUUGUAUGGGUUUCUGAAAUACCGGAGGCGGAAUGUCAUCAUCAAAUACCUGCCAGAGGACUGCUCGAGGAUCAUCCAAGCCCGCGUGGCUGUCCAUUUCAACGCUGUCUGUGAAAGGUUCUCGCCGUACGACACAAUCUUUGAAAUAACCACUGCCGCCGAUUUGAAAGACUCGAAGCUUUCUGCGGCCUGCUCCUUGCACACGGCGUCUUGCUCGACCUCAUCAUCAACCAGCUCUCUACGUCGGAGGCGACUGAUGGAAAUUGCCGAGGAGGAAGAGGAGGAACAAAGGGCCACGAAACGCCAAUCCGUGCAGGACGCCGACAGGGGCAGGCCUGAGCCCUCUGCCGGUCGACCUCCGACGGCCGACCCUGUAACGCUGGACUCGGAGCUCGCAUCCUCCCCUGAGAACAGCAAGUUUGCUGCGGCGACAACAUCUGAGGUGCCCCAGUUCAUCGGCGUUGAUGAAGGUCCCACUUCGCCCGAGACCGACGUGCAUACUUACGGCUCAUACGCGUGCAGUAAGCCAAAGGUGAAGCUCGGUCCACGCCCUUCGGCCGAUGUCAACGGUCGACCGCAAACCGCUGGCAAUUUCCGGCCCGUAUCUGCUAUUCCUGCUGGCAUCAAAAUAUUUGGCAAAGGCAGUAAGAAAGGCAACGGCAGGGAUCGACAAGACUCCAUUCCGUCGCCCCAAGAGGAGCUUGCAACUCUGAACUUUCCAGUGGCCGGAAACUCGGCGACCCUGCAUGAUGGUCAGGAGAGGCCGGCCACCAGUUCAGGCCUGUCCAUAGACUCUCUACCUUCUCCCGUGUCCACCCCCAAAAAACCGACAAUGAGCCGCGAGAAGGCGAGGUUGAUGAAGGCCAAGCGGUUGCGGGAUCAAAAGAAGAAAAUGAGUAUGCUGCCGCCGUCUGAACCGGCGCUAGUCGACAGCGAGGAGCUUCAGUAUGCCGUGGAUGAGGCCACGCCGGGGCAAGACGAAGCUAUGUCGUGUUCCGACUCCCGUCAUGACAGGGACAGGCGCCUUUCAUCAAGCAAAGAUGACUCUGGCGUCGUGUUGGAAACGGCGGCGACCCCUGUGGCUCCGAAUGAUCAGAACUCAGAUCUCACACUUUGCAACUCUCACCCAGCGAGUCCUCUAGUUGAAUCCUCUGAUGCGGAUAAUUCCACGAAGGCUUCUUCGAUCUCAGAGUCGACCGACGAGACGGUGCGCGCAAAAGAGGAGAAGCAGUCGCCAGAAACUGACGGGACAUACGCUCAUGGUUCUGUUGGCAGUAGCCUCGACGUGGCAACAGAUGUCAUCGACAGUCCGGCUGCCGGUGGACCUAAUUCUGAUGCGGCAGCGGUGGGCGACGAGGAUAUUCUCCAAGAGCCUUUGGAUGCCUCUGAGGACUUGGGGCGAGUUGACAGUGGCGCCGCAACUUCGACAACAGGAGUCUCAGGGGCUUCCAAGGAUGUCUCCGCGCAGUAUGUUGAUCAAAUUGCCGAUCAACACAACAGACUGGGGCAGAACACGCCGUCGCUUUCCGAAUUCGCCGCAAAUGGUAUCGGCAACCUCGAAGAAAACAACGAGUCUCUCACUGGAUCCUCGACACAUCAACUUGACCUCGAGUCUCGACUCACAGUCCCAGUUAUUUCUUCGGGAAAAGACGAUGCUUCACCCACUUCCAACCCAAAGGUCUCGGCACCAGACUUCCUAGUCACCGAAAAUGCUCACUCAGUAGAGACCGAAACGGACGCGGAUGAUGAUGGCGAAGUCCACUCGGCUUCGAGGGAGAAGCAGACUCAGCACCAAAUGCGGGUAUUGCCCAUACCAACGACAAACUUGAAGUCGAAGGGGAACUUGGAGGAUGGGCUGCAGAGCGCGAUAGUUGACGAGGCCACGCCGGCAACGGUUCUCAGAAGACCUCUCACCCCAAGUUUUCCCCCAAGUCCUAGUAAAUCACAAGACGGCCACGCAGUCAGGACCGUAUCAAACCCUGUUCGCGGCAAUCUUAUUCUUCCAUCCGAUGUGAACCCAUUCUCAGCGCGGUCCACGAGCUCUGGUGCCGCCUACUUGCACCACAUUGCGCAGCACCAACCACCGCACGGGAGCAACUUGAUUAUGAAGACAAACGUCGCCUCGGGUAUCUCGGCGCGAAUCAAAGCAUUUGAACAGCGCUCUGCAUCUACAGCAGAAGCACCGGCAGCAACGGCGAGAGAAAGACCCUCGUCAACUUUUUUUGCCGUCAAGAAACAGGAGCCAUCUGGGUCGCUGUCCGUCUUGGACAGAGCAAAUUCAUUCCGACAUCAGGCCCCUCCAUCUCCGGAACGGACAUUGGAAUCCUCACCAGAAGCAGGAAGACGCAAUCGGCCUGAACGGUCAGGCUCGGUGACCAGCCGCUUAUCCAUGUUUGAACCGCCUCCUGGAUCGCGAAACCUUGAAGUCGUCCCUACAGCAGGCGCAAGCCGUGGACGGCCCGAAUCCAUCUCCGUUACCGCGCGCAUCAUUCGUGCUCCGAAUCAACCGGCGGAGAUGGGCUUCGAACCUCGUAGGGAUCCAUCCGAAUACAACCCUCCAGAGUUGAAACAGUCGCCCCUUGUGGUGGACCACCAGGCGGCCUCGCCAGCAGACGACUGCCCAACCGCCGAACCGGCGGCUGAGCACCCAAGCGAAACCCAAGAGCAAGGGAGGUCGGGCAAGUCUGGACAAUCAUCCUUUAGCAUCGUGAAGGGCUUCAUCAAGGAAAGACGCAAGUCGGUGACUCUAGACGGAAGCAACCCUGCCCAGUCGCCCACGCGACAAGACACGAUGCAUGCCAAUGGCGCCUUGUCUCCUCGUUUGUCCAUGAGCAGCCACCCGUCGUCACCUGGCAAGGACCAUGAUGUCGUCUCGUCGCCCACAGAUUUGGGUCCUGGAGAUGAUGGCAAGUCCGGUAGUGGGGACAAGAAGCUUUCGCGAACCGGCCGAUUCAUGCACCGUCUCUCUCAGCUCUCCGGAUCUCGUUCCAAGAACAAUUUGCCGGCUACACCCACGUCGGCGACAAAGGUCGAGACCCAAGAAGCCGUCCAACUGCGCCCAUCGACCACCGGGAGCCCCACCAUUGUGUCCUACAUGGGCGACGUCAAUGUUCAGUUCCCGGACAACCUGCUCUGGAAGCGGAGAAACAUGUGCCUCGACUCUCAGGGGUACCUGAUCCUGAGCGCUUUGCCUGCCCAGAACGGCCGACCGGCACAAGGCACGAAACGAUAUCAUCUCGGCGACUUUCGCGCGCCGUAUGCCCCGGAUGUGGAGGUACAAGAACUCCCCAACAGCGUGGUUCUGGAUUUUGUCGAGGGUUCAGGGAUCCAGGUGGCAUGCGAGGAUCGCGCCGGACAAUUGAGGGUGUUGCAGACCCUCCAGGAAGCCCACGCCGCUCGUGGUAGCACGUAUGCACUCUAA